AUGAUAAGUGUUGAGGACGCGAGGGCUUCAAGGUUACUUCGCGGAGCUGGAGCGCUGGCCGCGCAGGCCCUGAGGGCUUGCGGCCCCAGUGGCGUGGCCGCGGUGCGCUCCAUGGCAUCUGGAGGUGGUGUUCCCACCGAUGACGAGCAGGCGACUGGGUUGGAGAGGGAGGUCAUGCUGGCUGCAAGGAAGGGACUGGACCCAUACAAUAUACUGCCCCCAAAGGGAGCUUCAGGCACCAAGGAAGACCCUAAUUUAGUUCCCUCCGUCACCAACAAGAGAAUAGUGGGCUGCAUCUGUGAAGAGGACAAUACCAGCGUCGUCUGGUUUUGGCUGCAUGAAGGCGAGGCCCAGCGAUGCCCCCGCUGUGGAGCCCAUUACAAGCUGGUGCCCCACCGGCUGGCACACUGAGCGCCUGUACUAAGUUACUCAAAAUGUGCUGUAAAGUUUCUUCUUUCCAGUAAAGACUAGCUGUUGC